AUGUGACAUCAGUGGUUCAGCCUUCAUUUAAUGAAGCUAGGAGAAUACUUUUGGGGCAAAGAAAACAAAAAUAGCUUCUUUAACAAUUUCUUCUCUUCUGUGUAAGUAAGUCCCUUCUCACCUAUUGCCCUCUAAACAAUAUACCCUCUAACACAGUUAGCAUGCAGUAGAAAGUGGUCUUGUGGAAAGAAAGUAUAUGAGAGAGCUAUAACCACAGUGCUGGAGAUGGUCUUCAUCCUCGCACGCACUUGAAACUUCUCACGAAUCUUUAUGUGCCCACAAUGCCAAUGCUGACGUUCUUGUGCUUAGCAACAAAAUACACUGCAUGCUUAUUUUAACACACUUUGGUGUGUCAAAUAUAAGAUAGCCUGUUUCUUUCACAACCAAGGGAUAAUUGAAAAUAUAUUAAUCACUCAAGAAUUUUACAACAUGUGGAAAAAUAUGCUUAAAAGCUUUAGUAACCUAAGGAGGCUAUUGGUACUUGAAUUAUGUUUAAACAACCAAGAUGCUGAAACCCAAUGUGUUCUGGACUCUAAAAGACUCUGACUGAUACUUCCUCAUAACAAUACAAUGUGCAGUGAGUGGUCAUUGGCUGAAUCUUUACCGGAUACUCUGUUGUGUGUGUUGGUGUGAACUGAAACUUCAGUAACACCAGUUGCACUUUGAAGAUGCACACGCACAAGUGCUGUUUAAUCUUGCUCUUCAUUAGUGUGGAAGGUGUGUUUUGUGCUGCUACAGAUGUAAUGAAGUCAGUGACUGAGGGAGAUUCUGUCACUCUAAACACUGAUGUUACUGAACUACAGAGAGAUGAUCAGAUACUGUGGAUGUUUGGACCUAAAGAGACUCGUAUAGCUGAAAUCUAUAAGCUAAUGAUUGAUAUGUUUAACAGUAAUGAUAUAUUUGGAGACAGACUGAAGCUGGACAAUCAGACUGGAUCUCUGACCAUCACAAACAUCAGAAGCACAGACUCUGGGCUUUAUAAACGACAGAUCCGCAGCAACAGAGGGAACUCAGACAAGACAUUCAGUGUUACUGUCUAUGCUCAUCUUCCUGUUCCUGUAAUCAGCAGUAACUCUUCACAAUGUUCUUCAUCAUCAUCAUCAUCAUAUUGUUCAUUGGUGUGUUCAGUGGUGAAUGUGGGUCAUGUGACUCUCUCCUGGUACAAAGGAAACAGUUUAUUGUCCAGCAUCAGUGUGUCUGAUCUCAGCAUCAGUCUCUCUCUACCUCUGGUGCUGGACUAUCAGGAUAAAAACAGCUACAGCUGUGUGCUCAACAAUCCCAUCAGCAACCAGACUCAACAUCUGGACAUCACUACACUCUGUAAAUGUCCAGACUUCCCCAGCAGUUCUUCGAGUGUGACGCCAUCGUUGAUUUAUGCUGUGGUGGGCGUGGCCUCUGUCGCUCUGCUCGUUUGUUACGUCAGAUCUAGAAUGGAUGUGAACAAGAAAAAGCCAGCAUCACAACCUCACUCACGCCAUUCUCUUCUGCAGACACGAGGAGGCAGUAACUCAUAAUUGUUCAAUCGAAUUCACAUCCACUUCGUCAUGUAAAUAGAGCAAACGUGCUUCUAAUACAGUGGUUCUCCAAUUUUUUAACUACUCAUUUAAAACUGUGUGAUUCACCAUUUUAAAGAGGUAGUGUGUCAUAACCAAAUAAAUUAAGGGUUAUUCUAAAAAUCAUAAUUUACUCACCCUCGGGUCUAAUUAACACACUGAAUUUUAUUUACAAAUUGUAUUAAUUUACAAACACAUUGAAAGUCACUGACCUAAAGCAUGAACAAACACCUUAAUAAACAGUGUUGUAAUUUGAGUUAAAUUUCAAACUCUUUAUUUUUGGAAAUA